ACGAUUAUCUCAAUUCUCAAUUCAUUCAAUUGAAUUCUAGGACUAGUCCAAGUCAGGACUAGUGGAAUUCUAUUGAAUUUGGAAUUCAUUUUCCUCCUCUGUUUUUGGUGAUACAAAUUCAGAUAAAACAACUUCCUAAAGUUUAAAGCAUUUUAGUGUAAGCACUUGCCCUUGUGGCACAGUUGGCAAGUAAGAGUCAUUUUAGUCAUGCCUCGACACGAAAUUGAUUUUGACAAGAUACUCUCUGAGAUUGGUGACUUUGGCCGCUACCAGGUGGUAUUUUACUGCUUCCUCUGUGCUGCAACUGCUAUUGCUGUUUUACCAGGGGUAGUGGCUCUGGUGUUUCAGACAUAUGUACCACACUACAGAUGUAUGGUACCGGGAUGUGACAAUGUCACAUCACCGCAGUACGUCGAGCCCUUCACCAACUUCACGAUCCCUACCGGCGACGAGUGCCGCCGCUUCUGGCGCUACAAUCUCACGGCGGACACCUGCGCCGACGCCGACUUUGACGAUAACAUCACCGUUAGCUGCACCGAGUUCGUGUUCGACGACUCCAUGUUCAAGACGUCCUUUGCCACUCAGUGGAACCUGACGUGCCACUACCAGCCGCUGGUGGAGCUGCCCAACACGCUCUACUUUUCCGGAGUGCUGCUCGGCUCGGUGGUGUUCGGUGUCAUCAGUGACAGGUUCGGCCGCAAGGCGGCACUGAUGUUGGCUGUGCUCAUUAUAAACCUGGUGGGCUACCUGGUGGUACUACUGCGCUCCAGCUUCGUGGCCGUCUGUGUGCUGCGCGUGCUGCUCGGCCUAGCCAGCUGCGGCAUGUUCCAGACACCGUUUGUCAUGGCGGUGGAGCUGGUCGGUAAGCGAUGGCGUGUGCCGUGCGGUACGGCUCUCAACUACUUCACCACUCUGGGCGCUCUGGUGGCCGGCGGCCUGGGGUACGCCAUCCGUGACUGGGUGCAGCUGCAGCUGGUGGUCACGGCGCCGCUGCUCCUGCUCUUCGCCGGAUUCUGGCUGUGUCCGGAGUCAGUACGCUGGCUGCUGACCCAGGGCCGGACCCGUGACGCCGAGCGGCUGAUCCGUAAGAUAGCCGAGACGAACGGCACCACCGUCUCGCCGCACCUGCUGGCCGACUAUGACGCGGGAGGCGAGGAGGAGGAAGGGGACGGUGCACCGUCACAGCGGGAGCUGCGGGAUCCCGUCAGGGAUGCAGAGGAGACGAGCAGCUCAGAGGAGACGCUGAUCGUGCCGGCCGCUCCCAGUGAGACGUUCCUGGACUGUAUGCGCAGCCGAGUGCUGCGACUCCGCCUGCUGCUGGCGCUACUCGGCUGGUUUGCAGUGAACUUUGCGUUUUACGGCAUGGUGGUGGACCUGCCUAACAUGCCGGGUGACUUCUUCACAAACUACUUCGUGGCCGGUGUGGCAGAGAUACCGGGUUACACUCUCAGCUGGGUGGGUAUGGACCGGCUGGGCCGGCGGAUCACGUUCGUGCUCGCCACCGUGCUCGGCGGAGUGAGCAUCAUGGCGUCGGGACUCAUACCCAACGCGAUGCCGAUUCCCAGCGCGGUGCUGCUGAUGCUGGGCAAGUGCGGCGCGUCGGGCGCGUUCGCCGUCAUCUACAUCUACACGUCGGAGCUGUUCCCCACGUCGGCGCGCAACACGGCCGUCGGCGUGUGCUCGAUGACUGGCAGGAUCUCGGCCAUGCUGGCGCCCCAGCUCGCCGUCCUGUCGGUGUACGGCGAGAGUAUCCCUCUGCUGGUGAUUGGCGGGGUGUCAGUGGUGGCCGGCCUGUUCACUCUGCUGCUGCCCGAGACGCUGGGCCUGCCGCUGCCGGAGACCAUGCACGACGCCGUCUCGGCCGCCAGAACGGUGGAAGUGCGCACUCCGCCCCAUACCGACGAAGACAGGGAGUGAUCUGUCCCAGAGACAUCGAUGACAACGCCUGAAGGAGGCGUGUGUUGGCAACGUCGGGUGGUGAUCGACAUUAAGCGCAUGGUGCGGCUACUGGCUAGAAUGAUCCGUCACCAUUAACGCUCAGGUGUACUUUAUUGUGACAUGGCCACAUUGUUGAGGAACUGAUGCUAGGUUUGAAGGAAUUGCUGAGGAUUGUUGCCUUCCGUGCGCUUGUACUUAGGCUGUUUUAUCAGUGCCUAAUCAUCGUUCAAUGUCUCAAUAGCAAGUUUUUAGAUUGAAGCGGCCUUCGCUAAAUUGAGAUUUUUUACUUUGCAUUCAAAGCUCGGGUUGUAGGAUGUUAGCUGUGUGUGUUUGCUGUGAUACUCGCCUGGGACUGCCUAUCUACAAACACACGGUCGUCGGUCAGGUACCGGUGUGCGCGAGCUCGCUUGUGCUCAUGCUUGAGGGUUGCAUUUUACCGUUUGGGUUGACUCAUCACUUAAUCCAAAUGAGUUUGUCGUUUAUCUGGAGACAUUUAGGGUGGCCUAACUUCAUUUAAUUAUUUAUGUUAUAUUGCUGCCAUAUUCUCUUUGCAUGUAUCAACAUAUGCUAUUAUUUAUAUAUUCCAGUAUUAUUGUAGCUGACCUGCUCGCCUCUGCAGUUCUGCACUGCAUAUUUGAUGGCAACUGACGAUAUACCUACUCAGCGUUAUGUUAUCAGCUUGCUGGCGUUGAGCGUAUGUUGCGUCAUAUGUUAUUGUGUCAGUUCGGGCGCCUUCCAUUUGUAUUUCACCGUUCCCCUAUCAUAUCCGAGUUGAGAUCUCAGUGCAUUUGAUGAAUGCAUUCAGAUGCAUUCUGAUGAAGAAUGUGUAUGUAAUUAGGUUUUGCGUUGACGUCCUCACUUUGUUUUGCUCUGCUAAUUCACACUAUUCCAUUCCGAUGGAUAUUUAAAGUUUCUCACUCGUCGGACAUUCUUGUUUCUGUUGUAAACGAACUUUGCAUGCCGGGGAUGUAUCACGUUUUAGGGAGUUAUAUUUUUAAGCUUCUAUCCAUGUUUGUUUUACGUGUGUUUUAGUAUUUGUGUAUUUUAACUAAAAGAUUCCCAUCAGCCUCGCAUUCUCCAUGCUUCGAUGUGAUAGGAAAAACCAUAUAUCAUCUAAUAGAUUACGACAUGCAUGGCUUUUAAUUGACGAGCGUGUUACAUCAAUCAGUUGUGCAAAAUAUAAAGACCGAAUGCUUA